AUGAAUGUAGCUGAUAUUCCACCAAUGUCCGUCCAGGACGGCAAAAUAGCAGUCGGAUUACCAGAUGGUUGGCAAUCAGUACCGCCCUUGGGCACCCGCAACAAGGGAGGAGUUACGAGGGAUAAUCAUCAAAUUUCUUCGCCCGCCCAACAAACCGCAACCCCGGCUGAACAUCAGCCUUAUAGGACCCCGCCUGUGGUUGUCUAUUGGCUUUUGAGGCGCGCACGGUACGCUACGCGCCGUCCGUUCGGGUCUGGUUUGGCUCUGGCGGCGAGCAAUCCUUACUCGCCGUCCGCAGACCUGCGCUUACGGUGGCCGGAGAUCAUCUCUCGAUCCUCGACGCCCGGAAUGUCGCCUACUGCAGCGGCUGGGGCGUGA